AAAACCGUUUCGCCUUCUGCUUCUUUUUAUUCACCGCACAUCACACACACGCGCAUACUGCAUUUAACGCUGUUGCAGCCAGCGCGCUUUGUUCAAUGUCUGAAUUCCUUGGCUCUCGGAUAUCCUUGAUAUCGAGGAGCGACAUCCGCUAUGUCGGUACCUUGCACAACAUCAACUCGGAGGAGUCUACCGUCUCCCUAGAGAACGUCCGGUCAUUUGGAACGGAGGGCCGCAAGCACAAUCCCGAUGAGGAAGUGCCCGCCUCAGACCAGGUUUACGAGUAUAUCGUUUUCCGCGGCAGCGAUGUGAAAGAUCUUCGCAUAGAGGAGGGGCCUGCGCCUCCCAAGGAGAACAAGCCUCCGAUGCCUGAUGAUCCCGCAAUCCUCGGCGCUCGUCCUCGUCAGGCUAAUGUUGCUCCUGGCCCUCCUGGCCCUCCUGGACCUCCGGGCCCACCCGGUCCUGUACCCCCCGGUCCCAUAGGUGCUCCCGGCCAUCAAGGCCCGCCGCCGCCUCCAGGCGCCCCUGGCUUCGGUUAUUAUCCUCCUCAUAUGGGUGGCUGGGGCCGCGCUGGUGCUCCUCCUAAUGCGUUUGGUGGCAUGCCGUAUCCUCCCCCUCCCGGAUGGUUCCCUCCUGGUCAGGAGUUCCCCAUGGGUCAUGGUCCUGGUCCGUGGAACAACUAUCCCUACCCGCCUGGUCCUGGUGUCGCUCCGGCCGGCGUUCCGGGCCAGGGAGGUCGCCAGUCUGCGAACCAGACCCCGAGCAAUCAGGGUCCUGGCCCGAAGCCUGCGCCCAUUGGUCCUGCGGGUGACAAGAAGCCGUCUACGCCUUCUCAGUCUCAGCAGCAACCCCAGCAGCAUGAGCUGUCUGCCGAAGUACCCAAGUCUUUUGGUCAGCAGCCUGCUGCCGGCGCCCCCUCCUUGCCAAACGAUUCAAAGCCCACUGUCGAAGAGGUCAAGGCCACUGCUGCGUCUCUGAACAAUACUGCUCCGGCUGGUCCUUCUCCCCAACAGAAGACCAUUCCCACUGGUCCCAAGGGCAGCACCACUCGUCCCUCGCAGAUUCUUCCUGCUGUCCCCCUUCCCGCUGCCCUUACUGCAAGACCCAUUCAGCCGGCGGCUGGAUCUGCCAAGCCAGCCGGUGAAAUUGGAAGCGGACCGAUGAGCGCGGCCCAGUUGCGUGACGCGACUCAACAGGCUAGAGCGGCCGUCGCUGUUGCCAUGGCUAACAUGGUUAAGCUCGAUGGCCAAGUCGCUACACAGCAGCAAGUAACCGCCGCCGCUGUUGACAAUCUUACCAAGCGUGUUAACGAAAUGAACGUUAACGCCGCUGCGACUGCUACCCCCUCUCGCGCCCCAUUGAGCCAUAACGCCGCCGCUGCGAACCGCGGUGGUCGUGCUCGUGGUCCCCGUCCGGCCAAGGUUGAAGUCCCUGACUCUGACUUUGACUUUGAGUCCUCUAAUGCCAAGUUCAACAAGCAAGAAAUUGUUAAGGAGGCCAUCGCUGGUUCUCCGCUUGGUGAGGAGCCGGCAAUCGAAUCGGCUGCUCCGGAAGCUGUUGCCGAUGUCUCUGGUGUUGCUCAACAAGCCUACAACAAGAGCAAGUCAUUCUUUGACAACAUCUCAAGUGAGGCCAAGGAUAGAGCUGAGAACAAUGGCCAAAAGCCGGGUGGUCGUGAGUGGCGCGGAGAGGAACAACGCAGGAACAUCGAGACCUUCGGUCAAGGCAGUGUUGAUGGUGGCUACCGUGGCUUUCGCGGUGGCAGAGGCCGUGGUCGCGGUGGUCGCGGCCGUGGCUUCCGUGGUGGACGAGGUGCGAGCAAUGGCUUCCCUCGCCGUGAUGCGCCGGCCGCUGCACAGUAAUUCCGCUUUUCGUGAUUUGCCCAUUAUUUGAUGGGCUCUGUGGCGUUGUGAACGAACGUUUUCCUUUUUCGAAGCCUCUA